AUGAACGCACAGAACGAGAUCUACGCGGUGAAGCACGUACGGCUAGACAAGGUCGACGCGGAGACGAUGGCGGGGUACAUGAACGAGAUCGGGCUGCUGAAACGCCUCGAGGGCAACGCGCGGAUUAUCAGGCUGUAUGAUAGCGAGGUCAAGUCGGGCGCAGGCGGGACGAAGGGCUCGUUGAUGCUGGUGAUGGAGUGCGGCGAGAUCGACCUGGCGAAACUGUUGCAGAUCCAGCAAAGGGAGCCCAUGGAUCCAGUGUGGAUCGCGUACUACUGGAAGCAGAUGUUACAAGCCGUGCACAUUAUUCACGAAGAGAAGAUCGUACAUUCCGAUCUCAAGCCCGCGAACUUCGUGCUCGUGCGCGGGCAGUUGAAGCUCAUCGACUUCGGUAUCGCUAACGCGAUUGCGAACGACACGACGAACAUCCAGCGCGACCACCAGGUCGGCACAGUGAACUAUAUGUCGCCCGAGACGAUCGAGCUGCCCGACGGCAUGCGCCGCCUCAAGGUCGGACGCCCGUCCGACGUGUGGUCGCUGGGGUGCAUUUUGUAUCAGAUGGUAUACGGGACGCCGCCGUUCAGCGCGUUAUCGGUGAUCCAGAAGAUGAAGGCGAUCCCGGACGAGGAGUAUAUGAUCUCGUACCCCGAGUACGCUUCACCCGUGAUCCCGCGCAGCACCGAGCCUGAAGACCCGGACGCCCCGCCGAAGCCGGUGGUCGAGCUCCCCAAGGUGCGCGUGCCGCAGAGCAUCAUCAACACGAUGAAGGCCUGUCUGGCGCGCAACCCGAAGGCGCGCGUGACGAUCCCGGAGCUGCUGGAACAGAAUUGGCUCGAACCCGAGUCGGCAUCGUUGCCGCAGCCUGCACCGCGCACACCGCCUCCACCUCCACUGCCCCCGACUCCCCCUACUCCCCCUACACUCGAGGACUUGCUGCGGCCGGAUGAGACGAUCAUCAACCCGCACUAUAUGAUGCAGCUCCUCCGGUACGGUAUCCAGCAAGGUCUUGAUCAUAUGGCGAUGCUCCCAGAAGAGAGGCUCAAAUCAGAAGCGGAUGUGAGUGCUCUGUAA